AUCGUUUGUGGGGGGAGGAUUUGAUUCUUGUCCUUUUGGGUUGGCAGUGUCGUAUAGAGUAGUGGUAUGAGAAAGAAACUAUUGGUAAGCGUCGUUCGAGCACAGAAUAUCCCGGUUCCAACCAACUCGGAAGGUGCUUAUGUAGUUAUCUCUUCGCCGCAACAAGACUUUUUUAGAACCGAGAAUGUAAAGGGCAGUGGUACAGAAAUAGUGUGGAACGCCAUGGAGUUUCCUAUUCAGGUGACACCAGAUACCUCCAAUCUAACUGCAUUUGUAUAUGUAGACCGCAAUGUUUCUAAAGAAAAUGCUGGAAGAGCUGAAGUUCCUCUCAACCAAGUUUUUGGGGAUGGUUCUCAACUGGGUUGGUAUCCUGUUUUAUUUAAACAAAAGGAUGGCUCUUGGCGUUCCCAAGGAGACCUCUAUUUAGAAAUAAGAUACACUGGUGAUGAUUACACUACUUACGGGAACAGUGGAUCUCCUCAACCUUAUAGCAACGUUCAAGCACCACCUCCAGUAUAUGCGCAACCUGGUGGAUAUUAUGGUAAUCCUGGUCAGAUGCGUGCCACUCAAAUAUUAGACGACCCAGUGACUAGACAGCAAAAUGCAUACUUUCAAGAGCGACAGUUACGCUUGCAAGAAAUACAAACUUGCAUUGACUGUGCAAUGUGCUUGGCUUGUAUAGGCUCCCUCAUCGCUCUGGAUGCGGGUGCUUUUUGAUACUUUCGAUACAUUCUGUAUACACAUAUAUAGUAUAUGUUAUCAAUUGAAGCAUAUUUGUUUUACCAAAACGAUGUUGAUGGUUUAUAAUAAAAACAGAGCAGGAGGG